CGACUCGUAAAACUCUUCUUCUCAAAUCUUAAACCCUAACCUCUACUCUCGACACUUUCCUGCCGUCUCCAUUUCAUCUCUCCCACAGCGACGAAGCAAAUACUAUGACGCCGUCUCGUCUGUGCCUCAGCCGCAUUCGCCGCCUCUCCUCCGCCGCCGCUGCGCCUGCUGCUGCGACCAGCACGGGCGGGUCUGCAUCUUCCGGCUCGAUCUCUGUCUCCAAAGCUAAAUCCAAACUCAGGAAGGUGCACGAUCCUGACAAAGCCCUUGAGAUCUACUCCUCUGUCUCCAAUCACUACGUCUCCCCUGUCUCCUCGCGCUAUGCCCAGGAGCUCACCGUUCGCCGCCUUGCCAAGUCUCGCCGGUUCUCCGACAUUGAAGCGCUGAUCGAAUCUCACAAGAAUGAUCCCAAGAUCAAGGAAGAACCUUUCCUCUCUACCCUUAUCAGAUCUUACGGUCGAGCCGCCAUGUUCGAUCAUGCCAUGAGGACGUAUGAGCAGAUGGAACAGUUUGGCACGCCCAGGUCAGCCGUGUCUUUUAACGCCCUUCUCUCCGCUUGUCUUCACUCCGAGCUGUUCGAAAGAGUCCCCCAACUGUUCGAGGAAAUUCCUCAGAGGUAUAAUAUCACUCCUGACAAAAUCUCUUACGGUAUACUGAUUAAGGCUUAUUGCGAUUCGGGUUCGCCUGAAAAGGCCUUGGAUACGUUGAGACAGAUGGAGGCCAAAGGCGUGGAAGUUACCACCAUUGCUUUCACUACCAUUUUGGGAUCUUUGUAUAAGAAAGGAAAAGUUGAGGAAGCAGAGAAUUUGUGGAGCGAGAUGGAGAAGAAAGGCUGCGAAUUGGACGUUGCAGCGUAUAAUGUUCGUGUCAUGAAUGCUCAAAAGGAAAGCCCUGAAAGAGUUAAGGAAUUGAUCGAACAGAUGAGCAAUGUGGGACUGAAACCCGAUACAAUUAGCUAUAACUAUCUUAUGACUGCAUAUUGCCAGAAAGGAAUGAUGGAUGAAGCGAAGAAGGUAUAUGAAGGACUGGAGGAAUACGGGUGUUGUCCGAAUGCAGCAACUUUUAGGACUUUGAUAUUUCAUCUGUGUUUGAACGGGUUGCAUGAGCAAGCCUAUGCAGUGUUCAAGAAGAGCGUGUCGGUGCACAAGAUCCCAGAUUUUAAUACGCUGAAGCAUUUGGCUGAAGGUUUGGUGAGGAAGAAGAAAAUGGACGAUGCCAAAGGGUUGGCAAGGACAGUGAAGAAGAAAUUCCCCCCAAAUUUUUUGAAAGCGUGGAUGAAACUAGAGGAGGAUCUGGGCUUGACUUCGAAGAGUAAUGCUGUUUCCGCAGGAAAGGAAGCUACGCCGUAAAGCUCGAGCUUUCAAGACUUUGAAAGAGACCAUGAUGGAUGGAGCAUACAGGUUAUUAGAAAUGCCUCUUGCUCCUUUCUCAUAAAGUUGGUAAGCUGUAAAAGCUAAGUGUUGGAAGGGAUCACUUCAUCAAACAACAAAAUUUUCGAAGUGUUUCUUGAAAGAGUAGGAUUUGAUGCGGCAGCAUUAUAUCUCUUGUCAUUCAGUUCAUGCGCUUCUUCUUCUUAUCUCCUCCUCAAAAUGAAAACCUUGUAUUUCUCUGGUCCAAAAAGCCAGAUCUUGCAGCAAGAAGUGUUUCUUA